UGUAGUUUAAAUAAAAUGGGCCGGAUUCACCGUUUUACGAAUGAGCUAAAUACGCUGCAGAUAAUUACCCAGUACUAAGAACACUAUUAUAAUUCUACUCAUAAUUUUAUAUAAACGCCGAAUUUUAUUAUGAAGAAAGAGUUUCCGAAUUUAGAGAUAUCAAACCUUGCUGAUGUUUUGGAAUUGUUAAUGAAAUAUAUUUAGUAUAUAUGUAUUUUUGUUUUUAAAUUGAAUCGUAACAAAUGAAAUGUGUGAUCAUGAUAGAAUAAAGCUUGACGUUCUUCCCUUUACUUCAUCGUUUCAGGAAUUGAACAGGUUACUAGAGGAGCACUUUGGAACAAAUCAUGUCGCACCCCUCAAUUUAGAUGAAGAAAACCCAGAUUCAACUGACAGUGACUUAGAUACCAGUAAUGACAUACCAGUAGCUCAAGAGGUCUCUAGUCUACCAGAAAAGGAUAUCGAGAAGCUGACAUCAGGAUGUGCUUGCGCCAAAAAAUGUGUUGAAAGGUUAGACAGAAAGACUGUAGUAGAACAUAUCCAGAAUGUAAGAGAACUUUCCAAGUGUGAAAAGGAUAUCUAUAUCAUGGGAGCUCUCAAGGUUAACGGAUCUACAGCAACAAAGAGUCAAAAGGAAAUCAAGAGACAUCGAUUUUGUUAUUGUUUCAAUGGAUCUGAAAUUUGUGUCGCUGCUUUUCGAAUCAUUUAUGAUAUUGGUGAGGACAUGCUGAAGAACAUUGCGAAACAUGUUUUGAACAAUGGCAUCACACCCCGCAUUCAUGGAAAUACUGGAAAAAGAGCCCCAAAUGCUUUUGAUUUUGAAGAAUAUAAACGAGUAAAAACCUUUAUUACUACUUAUGCAGAUGACUACGGGCUUCCACAACCUGCUGCACCACGAGGGAGAGAUGAGGAUCCACCUACAUACCAGCUGCCAGCUUCACACUUAAAGAAACAUGUUUAUGAGCUAUACAAAGCAGCACCACAUGAUACAUUUGUGGGUUUAUCAGUUUUUUACGAUAUUUGGAAAAAACUUUGUCCCUCACAUCAAAAUCAGCAUACUUUGUCAAAAUAGAUCACGUUCCGUUACAGCAUCGAUUUCUAAUAAAUCACACCCCUCGUCAUCUUCGGAAUAUUGUCGUUAUCGCGUUAUCGAAUGAGCUGUAGAGAAAAAUAUACAGAAAACAAAUACACGCAUAUUUAGACUUUAGGAGAAGGUAAAAUACUACAAAUUUAGACAAAUAAGAAAAUCCUGGUUUUUUUCUAUAAAUGCUUGUCCGAGUAUCUGUCUGUCACUUGCAUGUAAAUGGAAAAUACUUUUAGUUGGUUGUUUGUUUUACGUCCAGUCGAGAAUAUUUUACUCAUAUCAAGAGUCAUCAGCUGUAUGUGAAGUACCACAAUUUUUGAAAUUGACAUUGCGGUCAGGGCCGCAGCAGUGAGGAUUUGUUAAUGUGCCAACGCCUGCCAUGACCGGUAGAACAAGCUUGUGUGUAUUGAAUCUGUUAAGAUACAUAAACACCAUAUGCAGGCGAUAAUGGAAAAUUGCUACAUAAAUAUGGGAGGUUGACGACGGAGAAGCUGAAAUAAUCCCGCUUGUCAUAUAGGUCAAGUCAAACCGGAAUGUUUUCAUCAAUGACUCCAAAUCGUCAUGGCUGCUGACAACGUUUCCAUAUGUUGACAGCAUUUUGGCUUACCAGUAGUGCUUCUAUCUUAACUUUACACGAAUUAACAUUUUCAAUUUUCUAUUAUGGAUUAGGUGAGCAAGCAAUCUGAGCAUCUGCUCCCAGGGUUAAAAUAUUUUGCUUGUUUUUAGGGAUGCUCUCUAAGGCAAGAAUUGAUGCCUAGCUCCCACAUUUAUAAGCAGCCAUGGCCAAUCAUCGCCAAUA